AUGCCUUCAGUUCGUUCCCAGUUAGUCCGUCUGGUUAAUCAUGGGCUCCAAAUGGUUCUCUUUGGCGCAGUUCUGGUGGGCAUCUUUAUUCCCACAAUCCCCAGUUGGUUGCCCUGUUUCCUUGGAGAUACCGGAGUUGCUGCUUUGCAAUUCUCCGACUCACUUCGUCCCACACCGGCCCUGCUUGCCAAAUCCAUGCCAAUCACUUACACCGUGGACGAGAACACACCAAAUUUGACCAUUCUCGGUCGACUUGUGGAUUCCAUACGACCCCGACCGAGCCCAGAUUGGCGAUACACGAUCCCACAGAAUCCGUAUUUCGAUCUGUUAUCAGACAGCUCAUUAAGGGUGAUCGGUGCACUAGAUCGCGAUGAGAACCGACAAUUGUGCACCGAGCCUGGUUAUCCACAGCAGUGUGUAUGGACUAGUUUUGCUGUGACCGGAAGUGGACAGUAUAUUGGAUUACGCGUUGUUAUCAACGAUUUGAAUGACAACGUACCAUCAUGGGCUGAACAAACAAUCACCAUUCAUGUGACCGAGGAAUUGCAUGACACAUUCACAGCCGAACUACCAGUGGCCAAAGAUCCCGAUUUAGAUAAAAAUGGAAUACAGGGAUACAAACUACAAACCGAAUUAGAUGACGCGGAACGAUUCGAACUGAUUGUCAAAUCCAGCACAAUCAAGUCUGGAGCGAAAUUGCCCAGUGGUGAGACUGGUGAGACCGCAAUGUCUUCCAGGUUUAAGUUAUUUUUACAAGUGCUCAAACCGUUGGAUCGUGAGACUCAGCCGCGGCAUAAUUUAACCUUGCUUGCAUUUGAUGGCAGUGAACCGUAUCAUACCGGACGAUUGAAUAUUAUUGUGGAAGUAAGUGACGAGAACGAUCAUAGCCCGCAAUUUACCAGUCUGGCUUAUACAGCGAUAGUGUCUGAGGACGCUGGUGUGGGUAGUGUGAUUGCUUUGCAGGAAUCUACGUAUGACACGAUUCGACAAUCCGAUGCUUCUGGUUUGACCCCAUCUGGCUAUUUGGAAGCAGGUAGUCAGUUGAUGGCCACCGAUCGAGAUGUUGGCCCGAACGGACAAAUUCACUACGAAUUUGCUGCAUCCACAGAUCCACAAGUUUUGGAAUUGUUCACUUUGGAUUCCAACAGUGGCCUAAUUCGAGUAGCAAAACCCCUGAGUUAUGAUAUUCGCCCGACUGGAUGGAAAUUCCAAGUACUGGCCAAAGACGGGGGACGUCCAGCAAGAUCUAGUUCCGCCACAAUACUCAUCCAGUUAAAAGAUGCUAACACCCACGGUCCCGAUAUUAAGACACGAUUACAUCAACCUAAACUGUAUAAUCAGUUGAUCGAACAACGUGGUCUGCCACGAACACCGAUCGACCAACUGGGUAAUGUGAUCUACAUUCCGGAAAACACUGCACCUGUUCAGGAACCUCUGGCUGUGUUCACUGUGGGUGACAAGGAUACGGGAGCCGGGGGUGAAUUUGAUUGUUCCCUGACCGAUUCCGAACAUCAGGCCAGUUCGACUGGCGCCGAUCGGUCAGUUGACUUUCGAUUGAAUUUCACCGCCAAUCUACCCAAUUGGAAUGUGUACAGCCUGUAUGUGGUCCGGUCCAUUGAUCGUGAAGUGGCUCCCGUACGGGAAUUGGUUGUGACUUGUACAGACCACGGUCAACCGCCCCGGAGCAGUUACGAGAAACUUAAUGUGAUCCUUGUCGACGAGAAUGACAACUCACCCAAAUUCAGCCAGAGUAAAUAUCAGCUGCAUGUAAGUCAGUCCACAUGUUCUCUUCAGUGA